AUGACUGUUUCAGUGAAUGAUCGCAAGAACUGGUUGCCAGUGUUCUCUACUUUUGCCGACAGUCCUACUUUCAUCAUCCUUCAAGAUCCUCGUCUCUCCUUCUCCAGAACCCUGCUAAGGAAACUUGAUUUCAACACUACUACCAUGUCUACUCUUCAAGAAAAAGAGGAGACGUACCCCCCACAGCCGCCCUCCAAGAUAUCUCCAUUUGUUUUGAAGUUGAGAAGCGCUCCUCCCGAUUACUUCCUCCAACCCCCCAACGCCUUCCCACCAAUCGACCUCUUCGCAGCCCCCACAGGCCCCUACUUCUUCUACGGCACCCUCAGCGACCCGUCCCUCCUCGCCGAAAUCCUCAACCUAGACCACGAACCAACACUCUGCCCCGCGCAUAUCAUGGGAUACUAA